AUGGAUCAAUUUGUUAUCAUCUCGCUGGAUCUGAGUACGGAGACAUACAGACAGUUGCUUCCUCCAAGUGGAUUAGUUGAAGUUCCGCCUAUUUUUCCAACUAUUAGUGUGUUGAGGGACUGUCUUUGUGUUUCCUACCACAUUAAGACCACCCAUUUUGCUAUAUGGAUGAUGAUGGAAUUUGGAGUCCAACAAUCUUGGACUCAAUUCCUUAAUAUUAAUUGUGUGGAUCUUCAAAAUCAUCAUGAAUAUCAGCGAUUUGGUUAUGAAUAUCUACUGCAUCCAUUAUGCCUUUCUAAGAAUGAUGGCACAAUAAUACUAGCAAGCAGUCAUGAAGAGCAAGCAUUUCUCUAUAAUUUGAGAGAUAAUAGUGUAGAAAAAACUAGAAUUACCAACCAUAUUGAGUUGGAGUCUCUGGCCGCUGCGUUGAUGUUCGGCAAUCUGGUACAACUUUGUUUCAGGCAGGAGGUUAGGCGGAAACGGAUUUCUAAAGAGUUUUAG